ACUUUAUCUGCCAGCCAGCGGUGGGAGAAAGCCCAUUACCAUGUGGAUCAAGUCUCAUCUUGUGGUGGAGCGGCAUGUACCGGAGUCAUCUGCAACAACCCAGAAAUUGUCACUGUUGGAGAAGAUGGUAGAAUAAAUCUCUUCAGAGCUGACCAAAAGGAUGCAGUAAGAACUAUAGACAAUGCAGACAGCAGUACGCUCCAUGCAGUGACUUUUCUUCGCACAACUGAGAUCUUGACAGUAAAUUCAAUUGGACAGUUAAAAAUAUGGGACCUCAGACAGCAAAGAAAUGAACCAUCUCAAAUAUUUUCUUUGACAGGUGACAGAGUUCCACUGCACUGUGUGGACAGGCAUCCCAAUCAGCAGCACAUUGUCGCCACGGGGGGCCAGGAUGGGGUGCUGAGUAUAUGGGACAUCAGGCAGGGUCCUAUGCCAGUGUCCCUGCUAAAUGCUCACACAGCAGAAAUGUGGGAAGUUCACUUCCAUCCCUCCAAACCCGAUCACUUAUUUACGUGUUCUGAAGAUGGAUCUCUUUGGCACUGGGAUAAUUCCACAGAUGUAUCUGAAAAACCAUCUUUUCUUCAUCAAGGAGGAAAAAGUACGACCUAUUUCUCCCACAAUACCAUUAACCAAUCUGUAGUAAGUGCCUGGCUAACCAGCGAUCCUACCAAAGACCGCAUAGAUAUCACCAACUUAAUUCCAAAUCAGACUUUGUCUGUGAAUAGUUUAGAUGUUUUGGGACCAUGCCUUGUAUAUGGCACUGAUGCAGAGGCUAUUUACGUGAACAGACAGCUUUUUGCAUGAAAUGGCUCCAGCAUCUCUCUGAAGUCCUGGUCACCUUGACCUGCUGGGAAACAUCAGGCUCAUUCUUAAUGGUACUCAUUAGUCUGUUAUCAGUUUGCGGGGAGAGGCCUGCAGCUUGGUACUGCAGAAGAAAUGUACCUCAGAUUCUGACAGCUGUCACUCAUUAUUGAUGCUCCAGGAUGGGUAACUGAUCAAGCUUAC